UGUAAAUAAUGGCGUAAGAGAGAGAGAGGCUACAAAAUCAACCCCUUCGGCGGAGCAUUCGAAGCUCACCAGUCCACUUCCUCGUUUUCAUCGGCAUCCUUUCCUUCAUAACUACCCCCACGCCACCCUAUCCCCACCCACUCUUCGUCUCUCUCUGAAGAAGAAGAAAUCUUGUUCAGAAUUUUAUUAUUUUCACCUCGCGUUUCACGGAGGACGAUUUGAUUGGAUUAGUCUGAAAAUGGAUUCUGCAGCCAUGACUUUUUGCAAUAAAUCUAUAAGCUCAACUCCCGGUUUAUUCAUGGGGAGGACUAUACAAAUUCAAAGCUCCCAGUGUAGCUUUGUCGUAGGAAGUAAGGUUAACUACCCUCGACAGAGAGUUCAGGCUUCUCGUGUUGGUAGAUCUAGCAAACGUGGAGGCUCUCUUGCUGCUACAUGUGCUAAUGAUAAAAUCCUAGUGGCUAACAGAGGUGAGAUUGCUGUUCGUGUGAUUCGGACAGCUCAUGAGAUGGGGAUCCCUUGUGUUGCUGUUUACUCAACCAUAGAUAAAGAUGCUCUUCACGUGAAAUUGGCUGACGAAUCUGUUUGUAUUGGAGAAGCGCCAAGCAGUCAAUCGUAUUUAUUGAUUCCAAAUGUAUUAUCCGCUGCCAUCAGUCGUGGAUGUACUAUGCUACAUCCUGGAUAUGGUUUCCUUGCUGAGAAUGCAGUUUUUGUAGAGAUGUGCAGAGAACAUGGUAUCAACUUUAUUGGGCCAAAUGUAAGUCCUUUAUAACAAAAUUUUAUGCUG